GUUAAUCAAAAGUUCGCGUAACUGUCAGCUGACUGGCGCAGAUUAUAGAUUCAUCUUGCAAAGUAAACUAGGCGAUAGUUAUGACGAGGAUAGUUUGCUUGGACACGUCCCGGUGUUAAAAUAUCCGAAUGACGAAGUAGUUAAUGAGGAGAAAAAGGAGGAGGAGGAGGGGGGAGAGGCGGCAGGAGGAGCAGAAGAAGGAGUACGGCCGCGUAGAAAGAAGAAAACAACACGGGGCGUUGUCACCCCAUGCGUCAGCCCAUACAACACACCAGUUAAUCCUGUUCCAAAACCAGAUGGCUCGUGAAGAUUCACCCAAGAUCUGCAAAAAAUAAACGAACUGAUUAUUCCAGUCGCACCAAUUGUCCCUGACGUCUCCUCCGUCAUAGCCUCAAUUCCAUGUACUCAUACAGUCUUUUCUGUGAUUGACCUCUGUUCUGCUUUCUUCAGUGUUCCUGUAGGGAAGGAGACGCAGCCUCUCUUUGCCUUCACACACAGGGGGCAGCAGUACACGUGGACUAGGCUGCCACAGGGGUAUAUCGAUUCCCCCGCGGUCUUCGCGACCACGGUCAAGAACGCCCUAUCGAGCCUCUGUCUCCCCCCUGAUUCAGUAGUUCUACAGUACGCUGAUGAUCUCCUGGUAACUGCUACCGACUAUGACACCUGCCAGGCGGCCACACUGGCCCUACUCAAGCACCUGGCUGCAGAGGGUUUUAAAGUAUCCAAGACAAAACUACAGUUCUGCCAGAACACUGUCCGGUACCUGGGCUAUGAACUUUCUCAGGGUUCCAGGAAACUGACUGCUGAACGAAUACAAGUCAUCAUGGACACUCAGCGACCUGCCACUAAACAGGCACUGCAGGCUUUCCUCGGCCUUAUCAACUACUGCCGUCAGUGGAUUCCAGACUGCUCUUUGUAUGACAAGUGUCUGCGCACUGCAGUGAAGCACUCUGAUCCCUCAACCACGCCCUUGACAUGGAAUCCGGAAACGCUGGCCGCCUUCGGGGCCUUGAAACGAGCCCUGUGUACGGCUCCCACACUGGGACUGCCUAACUACAGCCUUCCGUUCCACCUGUACGUGGCAACUCAACCAGGGGUGUUGGCUCAGGAACAUGGGGGAGGCAUGCGACCUUGUGCGUUUCUUUCAAAAUCCCUUGACUCCGUGGCUCAGGGUUUGCCGGCCUGUCUUUGUGCCGUGGCCUCCUGUGCUCUGAUGGUAACUGAUGCUGAAAAGAUCGUUCUAUCUCAUCCUCUGAUUCUGCACACCUCACAUCAGGUAACACAGAUAUUACGCAAUCUAAACACACAGCACAUGUCUUCACAACGUCGCUCAGGGUAUGAGACUGUUUUGUUGGCCACUGAGCAGUUAACUAUACGUCCCUCGUCUUCCCAUGACACUGUAGCUCACGCCCUACAGCGCCUGCUUAACGCACGGGAUGACUGUAUGGGGGACUCCGACCAUGAUUGCCUCACCGAAAUUGUCAAUGACACCAGUAUUCGCCCUGACCUAUCCUCUGUUCACCUACAGAUAGGCGAUGUUCUCUUUGUUGAUGGCUCCUGCUCCAAACCUAGUGAUGGUGUUUAUUUUUGUGGUUAUGCUGUUUGUCGCCUGCCUAACACUGUCCUUGAGUCUUUUUCUCUUCCUUUUUCUCCUGCACAGGCUGCUGAACUCUUUGCUCUUACCCGCGCCUGUGUCCUCGUGGAAGACACUGACAUCACAAUUUAUACUGACUCUCGUUAUGCCUUCGGGGUAGCUCACGAUUUCGGCCGUAUCUGGCAAUCUCGGGGCUUCACUACUGCUGAUGGCAAACCCAUUUCACACGCAUUAUUAGUACAAGAUCUAAUCACUGCCUGCCACCUGCCCCGUUCGUUGGCUAUUGUAAAAACUAAGGCGCACUCCUCUGGUGAUACAGACGAGGUGCGGGGUAAUAGUCUCGCCGACCGCAUGGCUAAGCAAGCUGUGGCCCCACGCCCUCUUCCACCAGAUUUAUCGCCAGCCAUGGUGUCUGUUAAUACCAUGAUCAGCGCUGUUCUACCUGACAUGGACCUCUCUUCACUGCAGGCUUCGGCUUCACCUGCUGAUCGCCUAUUUUGGACGAGUCAGGGUGCUACUGACUCCCCAAUCGUUCUAGAUGGACAGGGUCGUCUUUGCCUCCCACGUCACUGUACUCCAUUUCUCGUCCGUGAGUUUCAUGGUCACACUCACCGCGGACGAAGAGGGGUGUUACAUGACUUAACUGAGAAUUUCUGUAUAGACCACCUGUACACAGACGUGAACAACAUUCUAGAUAGGUGUUUAACAUGCGCACAAAAUAACAUCUCCAAACCAACACCUUCCCGUCCCUGAGACACCUUUUCAGGAAUGGCAGAUCGAUUUCACACACAUGCCAAGACAGGGCCCUUUCAGAUAUCUUUUGGUAACGGUGGAUAAAUUUUCACGGUGGGUAGAAGCUUUCCCCUGUAGCAAAGAAAACACUAGAGUCGUGGUAACUACUGAGAUAAUUCCUAGGUAUGGCAUCCCUGUAGGAAUUGAUUCUGAUAAAGGAACCCCAUUCACUUCUAAGGUCACUCAACUUCUGUGCAAAGAGCUGAAAAUCAAUUGGCAUUUCCAUAUUCCGUACCACCCACAAUCAUCAGGCAUUGUGGAACGCGCUAAUCGUACGAUAAAGGACAAGAUUCGUAAAGCCAUGCACGCAUCUGGCUCCAAAAAUUGGCUGCAUGCUCUCCCACUCGUUCUCGCCGAUAUGCGAAUGACCGCACAAGUGGCCCUUGAUCAUCUCUCACCGUAUGAACUUGUAAUGGGGCGACCCUUUCCCCUCCCAUGGCGACGAGGCAAACAGGCUGUGGGUAUGGGGGACCUAGAUGUGCAUCUCAGCGAGUACGCUGCAGGGUUGCUACAAACAUUAGAUGAUUAUUGGACACGGGUAAAUGCAAGGAGACCCCCAAUUCCGAUCAAAAACACUCACCCCUUGAGGGUAGGGGAUCGAGUCUUGGUGAAAAGAUUGGACAAAAUGGGAACACCCCUGGGUGACACCCCAUACAGUGAACCUGCAGACGUGAUCGCUGUGACUCGUACGGCUGUAUUAACUGAUCUCUUUCCACAGUGGAUCCAUGCCGGACGACUGAAACAUGCCCCACAAUGAUAAUUGUUAUGAAACUUUGUACCUAACUACUAUGU